AACAACCGAGUAAUAUUAUAAGGCAGCCCCUGGAAAAAGCAAUAUUUUUCUGAACUUGGAGGCUCCUUGGCAUAUGAAAGUCUUACAAUACUUGACGCUUCCAAAAUAACACAUCUCUUUGCCCAAAAGGGCCUCCGAACUGUAAAACAGUGUUUUACCGGGGGUUUUAGCGCGAGUUUGUCGAUGUGUGUGCAAGAUGAGUUCUCGCUGAAAAAUAGAAAAGCAAGACAAAACAGGAUAUUGUUUUGCAGUCUAGGGCACUGCUCGCGUAGCCUGCGUGCACCUCACACCUGUCCUUAUUCUUUCGCUGCACUCGGAACAUGAAAGGGAAGCAAAGUAACUGGGUGCAAUCUGCCUGCCUCCGCGAGGAGCUUCAAAGAACAGUUCCCCCCCUCGAGCGACCUUUGAACUCAUGUUUGCCGGCUAACAGACGAAAGGGACGAAAGGGGCGCUGGGAUUGGAAAUGGUUCAACAUCACCGAAAUUUUACCGAUUCUUUCCGAAAAUUCACGAGUGCUGCCUUCACAGCCUUUUCGUUGAAUAUUGGCGCACAUAAACAAGGUUGAUAUCAGUUUGUGAAUCGCUUUAGCCCGUUGGAUAUUCCGGCUUCUUUUCGUUCAUCGACUGUGUGGAGUGUUCUGUGAUGAAAUGGUUUUCGUCUGAGACGAACUCUCUCUGACUGGUGGCCCUUCUAAGUUCUUUUGCUGGGUGAUCGGGCCAUCGACCGCCAUUUUGGCAAUCGAUUACACUUGAAUUCGUAGACGUGCCUGUGUUUACAAGUGUUUGGUUAAGAUAUUACGAGUUCACAAGCACAUUAACUGGAGAAUGGGCAGAGACCGCGAUUUGCGAUGAGUAAUACGGCAACUUAUAUAAAAGAGACGACUUUGGCCGACGCGGCAUGAGCGAAAUAAUUGGAGAGAAAGGGAAUGACGGCAAAGAUGUCCAACUGAAUUCAGGGGAAGAGAAUGGACAGGCAGAUAAUUCAAAGAAAUACAAACCCUCCAGAAACCUGAGCGAGAAAAAGAGGCGCGACAAACUGAACGUUUACAUCAGUGAACUCGCCGCCAUGGUUCCUUUGUGUGCAAGCUCGCAGCGUAAACUGGACAAGACCACUGUGUUGAAAAUGACAGUUGGUUACAUGAAAGUCCAUAAUGAUCUAACCAUGUCUGUCCUUGGUAGUGAAUCUGGGUUAAUGUCUUCAUUUCUGUCUAGUGAAGAAAUCGGUGAACUUCUAGAUAAGGCCCUUAAUGGCUUUUUACUGGUUUUAUCGACCCAUGGAGACUUUGUGUUUGUGUCAAAGAGCAUCGAAGAUCUUCUUGGCUUUAAAAAGGAAGACCUGAUUGGUAAGAGUAUCUUUGAGGUAGUCCAUCCAGAUGACAAAGAUGCAGUGACCAGGGAGGUUCUUCGUCAAGACAGGGAGCUUUCCAGAGGAUACAACUCUUAUUCUGGACAGCUGGACAUAAUGGGAAAUGGGACUAUUGUGGAGAGUGGCCCAUCCCGACGUACUUUUAACUUUCGCAUGUUAGUGCGAGGUAAAGAUGGUGAACCGGCUGGGGAUGAAGAUGUUCACUGUGUUGGCUACAUUGACCAGUGGACGAGAAAAGAAACUGAACACCAAAAGCAGAGUCAAACCCAAGGGGUGCUUGCAACAAAUGAAAAGAGUACUGCACUCACCCCCAUUGGAGGCGCAGUCAGUCCAUUCUUCCUGGUGGGCGUGGGCCUAGUGUCUCGACCUAGCUUCACGAGAGAGGUGGAAUGUGAAUGUGAUGAAGACGAAUUUACAUCACGGCACAGUCUUGAUGGAAAAUUUCUUUUUGUCGAUCCACGAUCGAUCUUGAUCACUGGAUACCUGCCAUUUGAGGUGCUCGGUACUUCAGUCUAUGACUACAUUCAUCAGGAUGACCUAACUGUUUAUGCCAAGGCUCAUGAGUCACUCAUGGAAUACGGAGAAGGUAAAACUGGUUGUUACAGAAUUCUGAUCAAGGGCUAUCAGUGGAUCUGGGCGACAACACGGAGUUAUAUCUCAUUCAAUCACUGGAACUCCAAGCCUGAAAUCUACUGCAGCACCACUAAAGUCAUCAGUGUCGCUGAAGGUCUGAAGUCAUUGAAGGUCAGAGAGAAGGAGCUCGAGAUCUUGAGAGCAAGCGAAGAAAGUCGUCGAUCGCGCUUUUCUCUUCGUAAAGCGCCUCUGGAGUGUAACAGUCAACAUGAAGCCAAUGCCAUAGUUCUAGCAAAGUGGGCAGCGGAUGAGCAACACUUCAUGGCUAUGCCCCUGGGGCAGUCUGACGACGGCGAUAAUCCCGGCGGGGACCAGAAUGCAAUGUCUGCAAAUAACAAAGGAGCAGCUCAGCCCAAUCCUUCUAAUAACAGUUCUGAUGCGCCGGACAGAGAUGGCGGGAGUGAAGGAAGAGACAUGGACCAAGAAUCCUUUGACCUUCCUACGACUGUUGAAGAACUCGACGGUUUUCGCGAAGCUCAGCGUCUGCUCCAGAACCAACUUCUAGAGAAGCACGCCAUGUUGUUAAAGGCUGUUACCAAACAGAAGGAACAACUGAAGGAAAUCCAACAACACAUGAUUCUUAACCUUCAGUCGCAGCUGUUUGUAGAUCCAGUUAAGCUUCAAGAGAAAUGCGCUGGUUACUUUGAGAGGAACAAAGACUUGUCCGAGAGGCAUGAAGAACAGGAACUUGCCCUGGAGUCCAUCAGUCGUAAACUUGAAGCGCAGAUCCAGACCGCCGAGCGCCGUUACCAGCGCCAUUUUAAGGUGCUAAUGGACAAGAGAACAGAGGAGCAGAAGGCGGGCGAAGCAAGUUCUGCCCAAUCGGCGGACGAUUUCAUGGACACAGCGCCAGUAGAACAACACCAGGCACAGAUUGAGAGCGAUGAGAUGGUUGUAGAAGACAUUGACUCCUUAACGCAAAACCAACCAGGUGAACUGCAGGUACAGCAAUCUUCAUCCGCGCUUGAGUUGAUAACAGUAGACGCUCAGGUGGAUCUACAACAACACGCUCACAUCGACGAGGUACAAAGUAGCGCAUCCAUGUUAAAGCGAAGCGCGGCCAGUCCCUCAAAUCAGGAAAAUCAAAAGAUUAGACGAGUAGAGACGAACUCUAAACAAAUGUGGCAGGAGCCAUUCUCGACUAGCACACAACUAGAUCAACAUCAACAAAGGCAACAACAACAACAACAACAACAAGCUGCUAUCGCAGCAGCGACACCACGAUCAUGGCAACCUAGUACUGCCGCUCAAACGGUGCCAAAUCAAGAGUUUGUACAAGCAUUCCCUGGGAUAAACGAUCGUCGCUCGGUUACUGCUACCACAAGCGUUACGUCCGCCCCUCUACUAGCCCCUCGGGAGGUCGGUAUGCAACAGAACCAGUCCGCGCGCGGACAAGAAAGUGUUCCGUCCCUAUCCACCGCCUACUCCCUUGGAGCUACCGAUCUGCCCCAGGCUCUUCUACAGUCCUUUUCUGCUGCGCCACAAGUGAAUGCUCUGAUGUUUGGAGGAAACAUGCCAACUGCUGGAGCUUUCCAAGGGUCCACCGGGCAAAACGGUCUGGGAUUUGCUGCACCUCAAGUCGGGGCAGCGACUUCUAACGCUUUUCAACAGCAACAACAACUGCUGCAGGGCUCAGAAAUGAACCCAUCUGUUGGGCAAUUUGUUGAACAGUUCUUGACAAACACUUCGCAGAACCAACAAAUCAUGCAGGUGUUAUUGACUGUUCUCUCCGCGCUUCAGAGUCAGCCGCAAGUGGCGGCGUCAUUAAUAACACUGUUGAAACAGAUCCAAGGAAAUCAACAACAACAACAACAACAACAACAACAACAGCAACAACAACAACCGCAGGGUGAACCUCUCCUACCUACCCAGCCCACUGCAGCACAUUUCACUGUCGGCUCGAGCACUCAGGGUCAAACUACAGCACAGCUUCGCACUACUGCACCACCUCCAUACUCUUACGCCAACGAGGCAGUUUACCAGCAACAGCGGCAACAGCGGCAACAGCAGCAACAGCAGCAACAGCAGCAACAGCAGCAACAGCAGCAACAGCAGCAACAACAACAACAACAACAGCAACAACAACAACCGCAGGUUUACCAGCAACAGCGGCAACAGCGGCAACAGCAGCAACAGCAGCAACAGCAGCAACAGCAGCAACAGCAGCAACAGCAGCAACAGCAGCAGCGGCACCAACAACAGCAGCAGCCACCUCCGCUUUCGCACAACCAGCGACAACUUCCACAACAACAGCAACUGCAAAGACCACGAGGGAUGUUCCAGUCGCAACAACAGAAUCGGCGUGAGGCUCCGGGUUUGGCGAUGAACCGCGUGAGCUCUACCACAACAAGUUACAGCGUUGCAUUACAACAGCAACAACAACAUCAACAGCAGCAGCAACAGCAGCAGCAACAACAACAACAACAACAACAACAACAACAACAACAACAACAACAACAACAGCAGCAGCAACAAGAGCGUCAACUUCACCUUCAGCAACAGCUUUCAAGAGGCACGCCUUUGAGCAACAUGGUAGGAUCUCAAAUUCCGUCGUCAACGAUCACAUCCUCGUCUACAAGUUACAUGCCUUACGAGGCCAUUCCUUCGACGUCAACAGGAUCUCCGUCUCCUGCACGCAAUCUUGCUCUGGCGGAGAAAAAGAAAACUUCCAAGCCAAAGGGCGACUAUUUCUCGAACUUUACAUCAGAAGAAUUACGCGCUAUGUUGAUGGAUUCACCAGGAGAAUUAUCUAGCAACGAAAGCGCUUCGGACUCGUCUGCGAACAAGCAGGAGAAAAAACUGGAGGACGAGGAGCUCCUGUAUAAUCCACUGCUUACGCAACAGCAGCAGUUGUUAGCGCUACAUCAGGAGCAACGGCGGCAACUUUUAGUCCAGCAACAAGAGCAGCGAUUGCUGAUGUACGAAGAGCAGAGGAGAAGGGAGGUGGUUGGGCAGCAGCAACAGGCAGCUGCCUCGCCAGCUUCUUCUACCUACAGCAGUGGACUCCGCGCAAUGCUGUCUGAUGACCCUCAGGAGGGAAGCUCACGACAAACAGGUGACCAAAAUGUUCAAGAUGGGACAGCGUCAUUUACAGGAUGGUCCGAUUCAAACUACGGCUUAGGCGAGGCCGAUGAACAGGUAUUGGGCCUGUUACUGGCCGAGUCAGCCUUCGACCCUCUGUUGGACAAUAUAGACUGGGGAGAUGAUUCCUACUCGGGUGAUAUCAACCUAAACCCAGAUUAGGCCGUCUGCGAGAACACGCGAACUAAAGAUGGCGGCGGAAAAACCGUACGAAGGACGCGGUAGGAAUCAUGGGACGUGAUAGCUACCGGUAGACUGGGAAUGAGUCAACUUGAAGAGAGGAGUCACAAUCGUUUGACGUUUUACUUUUUUCGCGCGAGGUUUAAUCAUAUUAUUCGAAAAUAGCUUUCUAUAGAGAGAAUGCGCGCGUUGCUGCUUGUGUCAUAAUAUUUAGUUGUAGGCCUGGAUAAGAUCUUUUACGGAAGGUGGUUUUAUACUCGGCGAAUGUUGGUGAGCUGAACUUCCAUCGUCAUGUAGUGUUCGUGAUCAUUAACAUAACUGAAAAAAAUUUGAACUGCCACAGUUGAUUGCUCCUCUCGUAGUUACAAAACUGUAGGCUUGAUCUUGGCCUUCAAAGAGCAGGCUCACCUUUGAAUCACUCGUGUAAGUUUCGAAGCCGCGAGAUCUAGUCAGUAAGCUACGCGAUCCCACAUGCGGGAAAUCAAGUGGGCCUGCCCGCAGUUCAACUUUUUCGUCGGGCUUAAUACAGUUGAACGCCGCUAUUUCGAAGUCUUAGGGCAAACGAACAAACAGUUCGAAACAGUGCGAGUUUGAAAUAACCGAUAGUAAAUGACUGAAAGGCAAAUUCCAAGGGAAAUGGUUGUAAGUUCCAUAUAACGGGGACUUCAAAACAACCGAGUUCGAAUUCGCGGGGUCCAACUGUAGCACCGAGAAUACCGAGAAUUGUACAAAAAGUGUGAAGUUUGUACCUUCACUGAUUUCUUCUCAUUUUAAUUUUGAUAAAUGAAAGUGAACGAAACACUAUUAGGAGACCUGUACCAAUUGUGCUCGGCGACUUUCGAGCAACUUUUGGCUUUUGGAGCAACUAAUUGCGGUUUUAGCAACCUCGAGCAAGUUUUGCCUGUCUGAGUAACUUUUAAGCAAAAUAUAGGUGUAGAGCACAUAUCAAGCCAAAAAAGUCAACGAUUUCUUUAAAAAAAACUUCAUUUAUACGGAUUUCCUGAAUGUUUAUCAUGAUCAACCCUUUUGAAGUUUGAACAACCUGUCAGUUGACAACAUUCGCAGGCCUAUUGUUUUGUGCCGUAGUAUCCUUAAUUAAAUUUCGCCCUUAUUUGUGAGCAACUGUUUAAAGCUAAGUUUCUAUUUUUUUUCUUGACCGAUAUUAGCAAUUAUUGUGGAGAACGAAAACUAAAGCUUUUAAUUAACGUCUUUAUAAAAAGGUCAAGAAAUUUAGGCGGCAACUUUUGACAUUUAGGUAAGAUUUUUGGCAAUUUUUUAACAACUUUUUGGCAUUCCAGGCACUAACUUUCCAGCAUUUUACGAGCACAAUCGGCACAGACCUAACUACCAGAAAGCGUUCUGUGGGUUGAUUUAACUCAUGAAACAACAACAACAGCCUACGAAAAACCUAUUAUUAGUCUUAGCGAGAAUAAUCUAUAUCUCACUGGAUACCGUUGCUCGAUUUUUUUUCUUUACGAGAGAAAGUUAAACGCUCAGUUCAACUGCGCAGUGUUUAGGACCACAUUCUUUACUGCAGUGUGACUGCACUCCAAGGAAUCUGUGUCGUCAUUGGUCAGAAUUGAUCACGUGGAUAGAUUUACAGUAGACUAUUUUCCUAUUCCCGAUAUUAGGCCGGAACUAGCUUGCAACUGAGGCCAAUUUAAAUGCCUAUGACAUUAAACUCUGUUUUAAAAAUGAUAUAACCCGGAUGAGCCUCCAUUGCGGGCUGGUUCCAGUCCAAUACCGAGAAUACGAGAUUGCCCACUAAGCAUCCCAUAAUAGCUAUUUUAAACAGUCAAAUUCAAAAUGGCCGCCGUAUCGCCGAAAAGUUCCAUUCACGAGAGCACUCACCGAAGGUUGUUCCUUAGAAUGGCUUGAACGCGUGCAUGAAAAGUGUCUUACGAGGAGUUCAGAAUGCUUUAGAAUGCUAUUUAUUAUAUAGAGACGAGUGUUUUACUGGAAAAUACACCACUCGUAAAAUUCGUACGAAACUUCAUCCGGGACCCGAGUGGCGUAUUUUCCAUAUCCGCACUAGUGAGGAUGUCGAUGACGUCAUUUCCGCUUUUUCACGGUUGUUUGUCCAAACGGUCUAUAUAAUAAAAAAGAAAUUACACCGUGGCUUGAAGAUAUGAAUUUUAUUUUCUCGUGCUAAAACAACAUUUCACUCACUCGCUAUGCUCGUUCGUUAAAUAUUGUUUUGACCACUCGAGAAUAAAAUUUAUAUCUAUACCCUCUGUAAUAUUCUCUACAUACACUUCUGCAAGGGUGUCUUGUAUACCUUCGGCGGUGUGCGGACGAGUUUGGUCGAGCCACGGGGUAUUUUGGCGCGAUUGCAUCUCGGCGCCAAAAUACCCGUGGCUCUCACCGUACGUAGCCUGAUAUGUUAUGGAAGCGAACUAAAAAGGUACGAUAAGAUAUUUAGCGCACGUAAAUUCGGUCAAUAUCAAGUGAGUGACUUGAUAUCACUCAAACAAGACUUCUGAUUGGUUAAUUGCGCAUUUGGCUAUAACAGCGAUCCAGGAGUAUUCGAUUCUCCCAUAGCUGUUUCUGUAGUAACAGUUUUGUAUAACUUGACCUAUUUAAAGAAAUUAAAUGUACCACGUGACUGAUUUUGACCAAUGCGUAACAUGGCAUAUAAACACAUUAUUCAAGCGAAGAUUUCCUCGACAAAAUACAUGUGUAUAAACUUAACCAUAAUACUAUACAGAAUAUAGCAGCUUAUGUUACGUUCGUGACACAUUCGGAA